AGGACAAAGAUAAAAAGGCAUAGUCUAGAAGUAGUGGAUAAUUCAGUUGCCUAUGACCAUGUUGGGGAGUUAAGGGUAGGCUAAAGAGGUAUUUGGGGGCCAGAUCCAUGAAUACUGUAGAGGAGCUGUUUGAACGGCAUUCUAAGGUGAAGCAGGCAGAGCGCAGCGAGGCAUCUGUCGCUGCCGCCAUGCCGUUCCCAUUUGGGAAGUCUCACAAAUCCCCAGCAGACAUUGUGAAGAACCUGAAGGAGAGCAUGGCUGUUCUGGAAAAGCAAGACAUUUCUGACAAAAAAGCAGAAAAGGCUACAGAAGAAGUUUCCAAAAAUCUGGUUGCCAUGAAAGAAAUUCUGUAUGGCACGAAUGAGAAAGAGCCACAAACAGAGGCGGUGGCGCAGCUCGCUCAAGAACUCUACAACAGCGGGCUCCUGAGCACCCUGGUAGCAGAUUUACAGCUCAUUGACUUUGAGGGCAAAAAAGACGUGGCUCAAAUUUUCAACAAUAUUCUCAGAAGACAAAUUGGUACAAGAACUCCUACUGUUGAAUACAUCUGCACUCAACAGAAUAUUUUGUUCAUGUUAUUGAAAGGGUAUGAAUCUCCAGAAAUAGCUCUCAAUUGUGGGAUAAUGUUAAGAGAAUGCAUCAGACAUGAACCACUUGCAAAAAUCAUUUUGUGGUCAGAACAAUUCUAUGACUUCUUCAGAUAUGUCGAAAUGUCAACGUUUGACAUAGCUUCAGAUGCAUUUGCCACAUUCAAGGAUUUACUCACAAGACAUAAAUUGCUCAGUGCAGAAUUUUUGGAACAGCAUUAUGAUAAAUUCUUCAGUGAAUAUGAGAAGUUACUUCAUUCAGAAAACUAUGUGACAAAAAGACAGUCACUCAAGCUUCUCGGUGAACUACUGUUAGACAGACACAACUUCACAAUUAUGACAAAAUACAUCAGUAAACCAGAGAACCUCAAGUUGAUGAUGAAUCUCCUCCGAGACAAGAGUCGUAACAUCCAGUUUGAGGCCUUCCACGUGUUUAAGGUGUUCGUAGCCAAUCCUAACAAGACGCAGCCCAUCCUAGACAUCCUCCUCAAGAACCAGACCAAACUCAUAGAGUUCCUCAGCAAGUUUCAGAAUGACAGGACCGAGGACGAACAAUUUAACGAUGAGAAGACCUAUUUAGUUAAACAGAUCAGGGAUUUGAAGAGACCAGCUCAGCAAGAAGCCUAAUUUCCAAUCAACACCUAAAAUAGUAAAUCCAGAUUCAGCGUUUGCUGUUAGCUAUUCAGCAUCAGGCACUCUUCUCGGUUCAUGAGGAACAUUACUGCUAACCUGCUGUUAAGUGAACGGUUUUUCAUUUUAUCUUUUUUGUUUUUUUUUUUAGUCCAAGUUGGAGAACGUAGCUGCUGCUUUCUUGCCCACUAGAGCACACGUGGACUUUUUCUUGAUCUGUGUGUUGCUUCAGAAUUCGAGGACUCUGUUUGCUGUGGGAGUUCUGAACGUGGCUGGCUAGGCUCCUGCAGGCAGAUGUGUAGAUGACGGUGUGGUUUAGGGAAGAAGGGGGUUGGUGUUUUCAGAUUCAACCUGCGUGCUUGCUUUGAUCUCUGUUAAAGAUCUGAGCGUGGGUUCGUGGUGAGGUUGUACGCCUUCGCUGAAGGAAGAUCGAGCAGAGCUGUAUUUGAGAUCAGAGGGGAGCUGUAUCCAAGGUAGGAGCUUUUGGGGUGGAUAAAGUUGGCGUGCGAAUAUGAAUCGAUAGCAACUUUUCAAAGGCGUGAAGCUUCAUAAGGUCAUGAGGAAAAUGUAUAUAUGCUUUUCACAGCUUUCUAGAAUUUUUUGACAUUUGAUUUUCUUGAGACUUGUAAACCUGGAUAUGUUGAAGGGUAUUUGUUAAUUUUACUUUUUGGAAGGUAUUUUAAACCAGUAGAGCUAACAGUGACACCUUGCGUUUCAUUUCGACAAUGCUUACAGGUUUCUUUUGUAUAUAAUUCUUAGAAUGCUCCUUUCUUUUAAAUGAUUUAAUUUGUACAGCAGAGGAAUGUUACUGUAUUAGUAUGUAACUAUUACCUAAUAUUGAGUUUUUGCAAAAAAAAAAAAAAUGAAUGCUCAUAUGUAAUUGAAAGACUUCCGAUCACAUGAAAAUGCUGAUUUAACUUUUAAGUAUCACAGCAUUAAAAGACAAAAUGGAAACCAAUCCUUUGUAUUCAGCUGUCUACUGGGGUGCCGUUCGGUAGGCCUGGCACUCAGCCAGCCACGCUUCCCUGCGCAGUAUCGGCCUUAUUCAUUUCAAUGAGUCAUGAGCUCGCCAGACAUGAAUGAUGCUGAUUAUGCUAAGUUCAUGCUGAUUCUUCGGGGGGGGGGGGGGGGGGGAACCUCUGUAGAGCACCUUUUCUUUCUUAGAGUAAGUAAUCCAGUACAAUAGUUGUGAAACUGAAUAAUUAAAACUGGCUUCUCUUAGGAAAAGAAGAGCCCCUAGUCAUAGGUGUCCUAUGGGGAAACUUAUUUUUUUUUAAUGUCCUGUUCCUUAAUGCUGCAAAUUAUCAGUAUUUAUAAAGUAACUGAUUUGCACCACUUUUUGUUACUGUGACCACGGCAGAACGUCUCCUAGAACAUAUCUAUGUCAAGUUCUUAGAAUGGUAUCUGUUCAUCUUAGUGAUACAAAGAUCACAACUAACAACUUAACAAAUCAGAGUUUGCCAGUUUGAAUUCAGCAUGGCUGUAGCUGAUUAAGAAAUUUAUAUAAUUACUCUUUGCUAGCCUCUCUUACUAAUUGAAUUACUAUUCAGCCAGCAACAUGAGACUCCCAAUUGAUGUUUUAAGCAUCGGCAGGUUUUCAGACCUCCUGGGAAUACCAGCGAGGAAAAUAGCUCCAGAAGAUAUAAAUGUGUUUUAUCCUAUCUCAGUCAGAAGGCAGUCUGCAUUAUAAUUGCUUUUCCUGAGGCUGUCUUUUCCAAAAUCUGUGUAAAAUAAGUCACGUUUUUCUACUGGAAGUCGGGAAAGCGAUCCAAACUCCCGGAAAUGAAAAAUACCCAAGAUACUUAGGAAGGGAACGGGGGACUCGACCGUGAGGAAACGUUCUGGGUCUCGCGGUCCAGUGCUUGGUGUCUGGAUUUGGUGCGAAAACAUCAGUUACACCAAGUGGAAGGAAAGUUUCCCCGCCAAACUGGCUCUUAGAACUUGAAACAACAAAACAGCUUCCACUUGGGCGGUGGCACCUGCACUUGUGUGUGGGAGACAGCGAGGGUGCAGCACGUCACAGAGAUCAGCGAUGUGCCACCAUUGCAUUGGGAGCCGGGGAUAGUUAAGGCUCGUUUUGUUUUUGUUUUCUAACAAAAAUGUGAAAACAUUCAAAGGUGAAAAGUUACGAUCAUUUAAUAUAUUCAUAUCACCAAAACUAUUAUACUGGAAGUGGUUUCUUUUUGUGUUACAAAGGUUUAAUUUUACAUGAGUCAGGUACAGUUACUCAAUGUGAUUUUUAACCCUUAAAAAAAAAAAAAAGGUGGAGAUGUAUACAGUUGUUAACAGUGCCCUGAAAGCAUUUCCUUUCUCCUGAGGAAACGUAAAUUUCUUAUCAGAAUAUCUGGCUGGCCCUGUAAUUUAAAUUAAAAAUAAAAUUUUGGAGAAACA